CCGAUUUUACUUUUUAUUCCUCGUCCAGUGCGUGUCGUCUUAACAUUCUUUGCUUUUCGCGCGGUUCAUUGUUCGCCAUUCAACUUCCUCCUUUUUCUCUUUUGGUGGUGUUCCUGUUGAUGUGUGCAUGAUAAUUUAGGUAAAUAAAAGAACGUAGCUGUGCUAAGAAAGGACGCGUUUUCUUGGAUAUAGUUCACGAGUUAUGAGUACGGUGAAUAGUCCUCUUGAAAAGCCAGCGCUCUCAUAAUGAAGAUAUCCUGCACGGCGCCGCUUCUUCUGUUAGUCUUCUUGGCGCAGUACACCGUUUGCUAUUUUCCGACGCGUCCGACUGGUACAACCAGAUGUCCCCCGGUGAGGCUGCCGAAUGGCAGAGUCCGACCGAGGGCCAGGGGAAGAAUCAUCAGAUUCAGUUGUUACGAGGGUUUUACUCUCGUAGGUAACAAGUAUGCAACUUGUUUUCGAGGCCAAUGGGAUACACCUACGCCCGUAUGCGUCAAUGCAGAGUGUCCUGUACCACCCGUACCAGAACACGCGUUGAUGGCACCUAAAUACAAUGGUGCGAUAUUAUUAUACUUUUGCGAGCCUGGACACGCAUUAAUUGGUUCGCCCGAGAUUUAUUGCAAUGGAAAACAGUGGAAUGGCACAGUGCCUUAUUGUCGAGACACUACCGCUUCUCCUCCGACGCAGUGCGAUUUCGAGAAACCGGAUCUUUGUUGGUGGGAACAGGAUCCCCAGCACGAUUUCGAUUGGCAGCGACAUAAUUUCGAGACUACAAGUCAUCACAUAGGAACUGGACCAUCUCACGACCACACAUUAGGAGCAGGGAAUGAUGGUUAUUACUUGUACAUCGAAGCCACUGGUCGAUUGAUAAACGAUACCGCAAGGAUCAUUUCUCCCAUUUACAAUGCAUCGUACACGGAUUCUGGCUGUUUCUCAUUCUGGUACCAUAUGUUUGGCGCCACAGUGGGAGCUCUAAACGUAUACUUCAAACAAGAAAACGAUCUUCUACCGCGAUUAAUGUUCAGCAAAGAAGGAAACCAAGGAAACCAAUGGCUGCACGGCAUUUUCAAUUUCCCCAAGGCUAAAAAGGGUUUCCAGAUUAUAAUCGAGGGUGUACGAGGGAGUAGCUACGUGAGCGACAUCGCCGUAGACGAUGUGGCCAUUUUGCAGGGUGACAAGUGUCAAAACGACAGUAAAACCGAGAACGAGGGGGUCACCGAGAGCAACGAUGAUCAAAUCGAACUGGUGAACGCGCAACAAACUUGUCGCGGAAGAUGUAAAAAUAGUGUGACAUACAAUUUUACAACUUCGAUACCACCUACGCCAACGGAAAUCUGCCUCUGCACCCUCGAUUGCGAAGAACAGUCACUCUGCUGUCCGGAUUACGCGGAAUAUUGUAUUCUGGCGUACACCGAUGAAGCGACCACGACUAUCGAGCAAUCAACGAUUCCGAAUCACGAGGGGGCGGCAGUUUCGGUUCCACCCGCGGAAAAGAGCACAGUGAUCGAUAUGGCGACAGUGAGGACAGGUUUCUCGAUAAAUCCAAAGGAUGAUAUCGAUCCUGUCACAUUGAGGCCGUCGACGAGCACCACGAUGAUGCCAAUUUCGACCACGACCAGGCGGAAAACUGAGAAACCAACGAAAAGUACGGAGACACCGAUUGUUCGGUCCACCACCAUCGUCACUGAGAGAUACACUUCGGAGAACGAGAUACCUGCAGAUUUGGACGUAAAGAGACAAGGUUUAGAGAAGAAACGAAGUUCGAAGUUCAGCUUGUCAGGGAUUAUCGCUGUGGUGGUUGGAAUCAUGACGGGAGUAUUCAUCUCGCUAAUGGUCGCGACCAUCAUUCUCAGACGAAGAAAAACGUACAAACGUGGAACGAAUGGAUCAGCGCUUUCGGAAGACAGCGACGUUCGAUUUUUAACAUCCGACGAGAUCUUGGAUUUCACGUUAGCCAGACCUAGCGAGAACGACGAAACGUUAAUUAAUAAAGUAAAAGUAAAGUAUUAAAUACAUUUUCCACUGUUUUUUUUUUUGUAUUAUUUUAACAAUGAAACUAUUAAUUUUUAACGUGUACCUAAAUAUAUUAUACGUAUGUGGUUAUAAAUAUAUUAUUUUGUAAUAUCGCGGAUAGAUGUGUCCUAUCUGGUGGAGCUUUUCUCCCAAAAAGAAGCUAUAAUGUAAGUGCUAUAUUUAGCUGUAUGAUUUCGUAAGAUCGAUCUACUUAUGUCAAUUGGAAGCUUUAUGCUUCAUUGACAUUUUGUUUCGUAGGAGGCUACGGUCAAUGUUUAUUAAAUAUUGAAGUAUCAGUUUCAAAGGUUAGAAAAUUAGGGAAUCACGGUUUAUCGAUAUUUCUUGCAAAUUAGAUUAACGUACUGUAUAUAGUAAUAAUAUUUGUUAGAACUAAAGAGUUGUUAAACAAACAGAGGUGCGGAAUAAAUAUUAAUUCUAUUUAAUUUCUACACGCUUAUUGUUAAAUACUCUUCGAAUCGUAUCGUCUCAGCGUUUCGAUUAUUAAUGAAAUACUCUUAAAAUUUGUCUAUCAGAUUUUCCAAUCUUCACACUUUUUUGAAACAAAAAUAUUUUUGUAAAAAUGUGAAUAAAGUUUUACAAAAUAAAACUUUCCUCUCUCAAAGUA